AUGGGACACUACAACCAGCAACAGCAGCACCAACUGAAGUCGAAGUCAAAAUCUUCAUCAUUACCUGAAAGGAGAGGAGGCGGAGUCGGGUCAAGUUUGGAUGACGGAGCUACUCCAUCAAAAACCAACUUGGAUUGGUUCUUGGAGCACACCACCCCUACCGUUGUAGCUCAGUGUUUCCCUCAGACAAGUGUGAGGGGAUGGAGAAAUAGUGAUAGUGAGCUCCAACCAUACUUCAUACUUGGUGAUCUUUGGGACUCUUUCUGGGAGUGGAGUGUAUACGGAGCCGAAGUCCAUCUGGUUCUGAAUGGGAAUGAUUCUGUUGUCCAUAUGUGCCAUACUUGUCUGCUAUGCAACUCUUUAAUUCUUUUACUUUUUUAUGGGCUUAACAUCGUGGCAGGAAACCUGGAGAGGAGAGCGAUACUGAUUCAUCCCAGGAGACGGAUACUGAUGACAGCAGCGGAUGUGAAGCUGAUAGAGAACACCAAUAAUACUAGGGGAAUUUGGAACCAGCAGAACACCAAUAAUACUAGGGGAAUUUGGAACCAGAAGAACACCACAGGCCAAGGAUAUAACAGACUUCCAGUAAGAAACAAGCCUUUCGCAGGAUUGUCAGUGGACGAGGGUGAUAUUAGCAGCCCUCCUGGUCGUCUUAUAUUUGAGCACUUGGAGCAGGAUCUUCCAUUUUGCCGUGAACCAUUAGCUGACAAGGCAAGUCCUCUUAUCUCCUAG